AUGGAUCCACUUACUCUGCUGACCAUCAUAUGUUGGCUAGUUCUGGCACUUUUAUUCAGUCCGAUAUUGUUCUUCGUUUGCAUUUAUUUACCUGAGUUACCUGUUAGAUACAUAAAACGCAUUCGAACAUCUUAAAGUAGACGAGUAUUUUUUAUUCAUAUAUACAUACAUAUGUAUGUCAUUAUAUACAACAACUUAAUCGUAAGCUUUCAAUAAACUUAUUUUUUAUUGUUAACUUAAUUAAAUUUAAUUCACAUUUCUUUUUAAAAUAAAUGUUAACGUUAAAAAUGCAUUUAUAUACAAA